CUUUGGACACAGACAGAGAACUUUCAUAACCGACAACUUUGCAUUUGCGAAAGAUACUGAUGAAAUGGAUAAUUGCAAGAAUUGUUUGAGAGAAUUACUGCUUGUGCUUCUCAAUUGCAUCUUUGCCGGCUGUCGUUUUCCAAGCUACCCGCCUUGUGAUGGUACGAGGCUUUCCGCACUGAUUAACUGCAGCAACAGGGGUUUAACGUCAGUACCUAUAAUCAGAUCCGAAAAUGCAACCACGCUGCUGCUAAAUUUUAAUUCACUUCAAGAGAUCAAGAGACAAUCUUUUUCUGGUGUCCCAAACCUUGAGAUACUUGACCUGAGUCAUAACUGUUGCCCUGGGAAACUCCGAUCCCCUGGCGAAGAAUGUAAACUGAACAUUGAAUCCACAGCAUUCUGUAACCUUCACAAGUUGAAGAAAAUCGACCUUACAGGAAACAGUCUAAAGAGAAUCCCACCAUUGCCUGCAAACCUUAUUGACUUGAGGUUGGUCCUCAACAAUAUCAUCCACCUGCAAUUUAGUAAUGUCUCCAAUCUGGUAAACCUGCAGGUUCUGAAUGUCAGCAAGAACUGUUAUUACCAAAAUCCAUGCAACACCUCAAUGACUAUUGCAGAGGACACAUUUAAGAGUAUGCACAGGCUGAACAUAUUAGAAAUGGACUUCAAUAACAUCACAGCUGUGCCCAGAGGCCUUCCACAAUCCUUGACUAAGCUGAGUCUCUGUGAGAAUAAGAUUCAGCACAUUUCCGCAGAGGAUUUUAAAGAUCUCAUUCACUUGAAGCAACUUCUUCUGGCGUGCAACUGCCAACGAUGCGACCAUGCUGCACAACCCUGUUUCCCUUGUAAAUCACUCGAGCUGUCUCCUGGAGCUUUCCUCCACCUUCAAAAACUGAAGCAGCUCGUGCUCAGAGGUAACUCCCUUCAGCAGCUCAAUGCCCAGUUAUUCCAAUCUCUGGGAUGUUUAACUGAACUUGAUCUAUCAGACAACUUUCUUGCCUAUGAAAUUCAAACUGCCACAUUUUUUGCAAAUCUCCACAUGCUGCAAGAUCUCAACCUGAUGUAUAACUAUGAACCUUGGAAAACCUUUAAUCGCUUGGUCUUACCUCCUUCUUUUGUGAAUCUAACAUCUUUGAGAAAAUUUCAGAUUGAUGGGUAUUUUUUCCGCAAGCUGGAUCGGAGAGGCAUACACUCUUUGCUCAGACUUCCCAAUCUUACAUCCGUAAACUUCCGAAUGAAUUUCAUACAGUCGGUUGACCUGAAACUCUUUGAAAAUUUAACAACAUUGAAAUACAUUGGGCUGUCUGAAAACAAAGUGUCAUUUUCAACAUGGAACUCCAACCAGUAUGCUAGUGAAAAUAGUAGAAUUAAAGAGGACUUCACCAAGUAUCAAGAGCAACAGCUUUUUGAGAGAAGACCUGAAGGUGAGAAUAAUGAGAAUGCCAGUACUGAAGUUAAGCAUUCUGAUAGAUUUUCCUUUCAAAGAUGUUCUUCUUAUGCAAAGACCUUUGACUUAUCAUCCAACAACAUUGCAGAUAUUAAAGCAGAAGAUUUUGAAGGAUUGGAAGAUGUUGAAUGUCUCUUGCUGUCUUCGAAUUAUCUGACACAGGCGCUAAAUGGUUCUCAGUUCAACAGGUUGAAAAAACUGAAGUACUUGGACCUUGCUCACAAUAGAAUUGAUUUUUACUACGAGAAGGCAUUUUCAGAGAUGCCAUUGCUUGAGGUUUUAGAUCUCAGUUACAAUAGUUACACUUUUGAAAUGAAAGGUAUGGGACAUAGCUUCAACUUCACCAAGAUGCUCCCUUCUCUCAGGAAUUUGAGUCUCGCCCAUAACCAAAUAGCUAAACGAGUAUCAACUGAGCUGCACAGCACCUCUUUGAAUACGUUGAACUUUAAGGGCAACAUGUUAAACAUAAUGUGGGAAAGUGGAACAAACACGUACUUGAGUUUCUUCUACAAUCUUCAUAAUUUGACUUUCCUGGAUAUCUCGGAAAAUAAGCUGAAGACUGUGCCCCCAGGAGCAAUGAUUCGAUUCCCGCCAAGUCUGAAAGAGCUUUACAUCAACAAAAAUCAGAUCGACUUUUUCAAUUGGGACAAUCUGACAGUGCUAGUCAAUCUACAGAUUCUAGACUUAAGCCAUAAUUUACUUAAUGGCUUGCCCAAUAAACCGUGUCACUUCCCCAAGACAUUUUCCAAACUUGUCCUGCAUCACAAUGUGAUAACGAAACUUUCCAGUGCAUUUUUCUCCAAAGUCAGGGCAAUGUGCUAUCUUGACUUAAGCUACAAUCAUAUAAAAAUAUUAAACAAAAACAGUUUUCCCUCUCAGUUACUGGGAGGUUUGGAAGUGUUAGCUCUGGCCAAUAACCCUUUCAGUUGUACCUGUGAUGCUGACUGGUUUAUUCACUUUAUCGAAGAUACUAAUGUGUCCUUGCCACUCCUCACUACAAGUUGGAAAUGUGAGUUUCCAGAAUCGCAACAGGGAAUGAGCAUCCUUUCAACAGAUCCCCUUUCCUGCCAAAAGGUUUACGGAAGUAUAAGCUUUAUCUUGACCUUUCUGCUAACAGCAACUUUCACAGUCUUACCAAUACUGAAUAAGCUGUUUGGUUGGGAUUUCUGGUAUGCUUUCCAUGUCUGCGCUGCCAAGUUAAAAGGGAGUACAACAAUCGUCUCAGAAAAUCUGCACUAUGAUGCAUUUAUAGUUUUCGACACCACAUGCAAAGCGGUAGCUGAUUGGGUUUAUGACGAGCUGGUAGUCAAUCUGGAGAAGAAAGGCCCACACAAUUUCAGGCUGUGCCUUGAGGAGAGGGAUUGGAUUCCUGGCAAGUCAUCGAUGGAGAACUUGUAUGAUGCUAUUUACCAAAGUAGGAAAACGAUCUUUAUACUGACAAACUCUUAUUUUGUGAGUGGACAAUUAAGACAGGCCUUCUUCAUUACACAUCAACGGCUAUUGGACGAGAAGAUUGACGUCAUUGUAUUAGUCCUUUUGGAUCAAUCCCUGAGGAAGUCAAAGUAUCUGCAGUUACGCAAGAGGUUGUGCAAAGCUUCUGUCUUAAGUUGGCCCCACAAUCCACAUGCAGAACCACAUUUUUGGCUCAAGCUGCAAAAAGUAUUGACCAGAGACAACAGAUUGCAAUACGAUCCAAAUUUUAGUGAGAGCUUUUUACCCUUCGAAUAUAAUUUACAAAGCAUCUUGUGGCAUAAUCAUUGAUUUGACAAAGGACAAGCAAAGGCAAAGUAUCUUGGUAACAGGAUUUCUACUACACUUUGGUGUUAAGAAAUGCUUCCUGACAUCACCUUUGAAGGUGCAGCUCUCACUUUAAUCUUUUGCCAACUUCCGUGCUGCCCUUUAAUGUGGACUCACCUAAGUAAGGAAAGAGUUUCCCCCAAAACGUACUCUAUCAAAUACUUUGAAUCACUUUAACUUGGUUCAUUAUUCAAAUGAUUCAAGUAGAAAGGGAGAUUUUAGAAACUAGGACUGAGCUUUCAUUGCUGGGAUUGGGUUGGAGCAAAGGCGGGAGACGAUAAGCAUGUGCCAAUGUUAUCCAUCAAGGUGUUCCGCCUCCAUUCUCGCUCCUGCUGAUUUUCAUGGGAGUGGUACAAGAGCAGAAGAAGUGAAGAACUCCAUGUUGUUAAUUGAGUAAAAGCAAAAUACCGCAGAUGCUGGAAAUCUGAAAUAAACACAGAAAGUGUUGGAGAAAAUCAGCAGGUCUGAUAGCAUCUGUUGAGAGAGCAAAACAUAGAGUUAAGCUUUCAAGUCCAUUAUAUGACUCUACUUCAGAACCAAAUGGGGCUGGAAAAUGGUAGCUUUUAUGCUGUGACAGAGGAGGGAGGGGAGUGAGUGGAACAGACUGAGAGGGUGCCCAGAGCAAAAGACAAGGGGAGUGUUAAAGGUGGUAAAGGAGCGAUAGAGAUAUAGAAUGAUUGUAAAUGGAAAUGUGAAAAGGAGAAAACAGCUCUGCUGUGCUGAGAGUAAAUUGAACAAGACACAAAGAGGGUUGGGAGAAGGGUUAUAAGAAAAAUGGAGGAUAGGCAUUAUACUCUGAAUUUGUGGAACCCAAUAUUACAUUGAGCCCUAGAGGGUGCAAAUGUACCUAGACAAAAAUGAGAUGUUGUUUGGAGACAGAAAGGACUGCAGAUGCUGGAAGUUAGA